CUCACCCUACCAAGGAAUGGAAUAAAGAAAGAGACCUACAUAUAUAACAAUUUCUAACGUAGAAGUACAAGAAAAGAAAACAUUUGCUAACUUACAUUAAAAAAUAAACAUUUGCUAUACAACAUAAAAAUAUGGGAAAAUUCCCAGGUUUGACGAUCAUCCUCGCUUCUUCUCUUCUCUUUUUCCUUCAAACCCUCGAAGUUGUUAAUGGCGCCAAGUGUUACGGAAGCUUAGCCAGCAACAGCAGCUACGCUCAGAAUCGCCGCGAUCUCUUCUCUACUCUUACUAAUAAAGUCCUCACUAACGGCGGAUUCUACAACGCUUCACUCGGCCAAUAUCCCAACAGAGUCUAUGCUCUUGGCCUCUGCGCAAGAGGCUUCAAGCCAAAAGCUUGUCUCAGUUGUCUCCAAGGAUUGACCCUGGAAACACAAAAGGAUUGUCCAAACAUCAUGGACUCGUUCAUUUGGGGCAGUGACGAUGAAGACCGUGUUUCUUGUCUUGUUCGUUCGUCAAACCACUCUUUUGGGAACCUCGAGCUUAGUCCUCCUGUUACAGGGAUAAGUCCAGAUCAUAUCGAGCCAUCUAUAAACAUGACCCUUUUCAUGCAACAGUGGGAGUACACGGUUAAUAACACCCUCGUGGCUGCCACAAAAGCUAACACUUCCUCUGUACAUAAGUACUACAGUGCCGUAAAAGCCGAGUUCACAGCGUUUCCGAAUGUUUACAUGCUGACGCAAUGCACGCCAGACAUAACUUCCCAAGAUUGCAAGCAAUGUUUGGUAGCUUGUCUUAAAUACUUUAGAGAACAGUUUCGGGGCAGAACAGGGGGCAUGGUUAGUCUUCCGAGCUGUUUUUUCAGGUGGGAUCUAUUUUCUUUCCAUGGUGUUUUUGAUAAUGUUACGAGAUUUUCUGCACUUCCUAGACCUCAGCUUCAGGAAAAGGGGAGCUCUAUACCAAAUAAGAAAGGAAGAAGCAUGCACUGGGGAAUUAUCACGAUAAUUGUGGUUUUUACUUUCUUUAAUCUUGUGGUAUUUAUUGGUUUCUACAAAGUAAAGUCUUGGACGAGAAAAUUAAACAACGGAACAAAUGUUGGUUGUGCAGAAUACUCUGAUUCAGAUGGUCAACUUAUGUUACGGUUCAAUCUUGAUAUGAUCUUAUUGGCAACGGCUGACUUUUUGCCUGAAAAUAAGCUUGGGCAAGGUGGAUUUGGAACUGUCUAUAAGGGGACACUACUUAACGGGAAAGAGAUAGCGGUGAAGAGAUUAGCCAGAGGUUCAGAAGGAGAUAUAGAGUUUAGAAAUGAGGUUUUACUCCUGACAAGACUCCAGCAUAAGAAUCUGGUUAAGCUGCUUGGUUUCUGUAAUGAAGGAGAUGAAGAGAUUCUUGUCUACGAGUUUGUCUCCCACUCAAGUCUUGACCGCUUUAUCUUUGAUGAGGAAAAGCGUUCACUUCUUACGUGGGAAGUGAGGUUUAAAAUUAUAGAAGGCAUUGCUCGAGGUCUUGUUUAUCUCCAUGAAGAUUCUCAGCUGAAGAUUAUUCACCGAGACUUGAAGACAAGCAACAUCCUUUUAGAUGCAGAGAUGAAUCCAAAAGUUGCAGAUUUUGGGACAGCGAGGCUGUUUGAAACCGAUGAAACUCAAGCUGAAACAAAACGAAUAGCUGGAACUCGUGGAUAUAUGGCUCCUGAAUACCUGAAUCAUGGGCAAAUAUCAGCUAAAUCUGAUGUAUUUAGCUUCGGUGUUGUGCUUCUAGAGAUGAUAAGUGGUCAAAGAAAUAAUAGCUUUGAAGGAGAAGGAAUUGCACUUUUUGUAAGUUUUUUUCACAUAACAAUCUUCAUGUAUCUUCAAACCUAUGUAGAAAGUAAGCAUAUAACUUUUCUUUUGGUUCAGGCAUGGAAGAGAUGGGCUGAAGGAAGGCCUGAGGUUAUAAUUGAUCCUUUAUUGGUGAAAAAUUCUAGUGUCGAGAUCAUUAAGCUGAUCCAGACUGGUUUGUUGUGUGUUCAAGAGAACGCAACAAAUAGACCAACAAUGAGCUCUGUAAUGGUUUGGCUUGGCAGUGAGACCAUCACCAUUCCCUUGCCUAAGGCUCCUGCUUUCACAGAGAGUCAUUCUCAAUCUGAAGAAGGUGCAAUGUCCAUGAGCAAUGUCUUCACAGAAUUGAGUUCUCGUUGAGUUAUCAAUUGUGUUAAAUUAUAUGUUGUUUGAAGGUGUGACAAAUAUUCUAAUUGAAUUUAAUUGAAAAAAGUUGUAGUAAAAAGUAUGAAUAAAUACAAUUUUAAGUUCUAGAACCCUCAACAAAAACGUUUUUGUUUCACAAAGAGUAGCAUUUUGACUUUUGUACACAAAUUAAAAAAUGAUUACUAUUAAUUUAUAUAUUUAAUAAUUAUAUUUAUUUUACCAAUAAUAUUUUAGAUAAACAAAACUAUUUAUAAAUUUAAAACAUUUUCUAAUUUUUAUUAAGACUAAAAAUAUAUAAAUUGCAUUAGAAUUAAUAAGUGUUACUUUACGUAAUAAGAAAAUGUGUCAAAGUGACUUUUUGGAUUGUCAAUCGAAAGGAAGUAUUUUGAUUGACAAUUUCUUAUUAUAAUUUCAAUGAAUCA